AGACGCACAUAACCUUUUUCAGGCUGGUAAAUCUUUCUCUUUCUUUCUUUUGGGUGCAUGUUUUUUGCCCCACUGUCCAGUUAAACACUUUGCUCCCAUUCCUGCAAACACUUACACAUGAAAGUAAUGUUACACAUGCUAGCACUCCCAUUGAGAUCAACAGGACUACCUGCAUGGCACCUUAUUUUGAUGAAGAACCUGUCUCUUCUGCCCCCAACUAUUUCCAGCCACGGCAGUUUCCAAAUUGCAUUUCCUGUGAAGAAAACCCAAGUUAUUUGGAGCAACUUUUUGAUACCUAUUUUCAGACAGAGCCGCCCAUGGACCCAUCCCUGAGUGCUCUCCAGGCAUCUACCCACUAUAACCCAGACACCUUCCAGUCAACCCCUCUCUGCUUUAACCAGAGCUUGGUUCCUGGAUCUCCUGCCUCAUCUGACCUGUCCAGCCCAUUAGACUAUAGCUACUCCCCAUCUCAGCUGCCUUCUUUUCCUCCACUGAACUACAGCCCUCUUUCUCCUCUAGAUACCACAAACUACGGCUACCCUCUAGAGGAAUGCUCACAUCCGCAGUACAGCUGCUCCCCCACGGCCUGUUACUGCUCAUCCUGUGGCUCAGAGCACCUGGAUACAUUCAGAGUAUCAGAAUAUUUCCCCUACCCAACUGCAGACUGUAUGGACUGUCCUGGCACCAUGACAAUGGCAGAUGACUUCUUUAGAAGGGAUAGAAACUACGACAUCUGCUACAGUUAAUGGAGAUGAUGGUUUUAUAUAUAUGUACAUACGUACAGGUAUCCAAAUCAGCUAACGGCCUAUGAACUAUGCAAAACAUCAUUGUCUAACACAAAGUUCAGUUUACUCUACACUACUUAGCCUAGUAUGCUCCAGGUGUUAAUUUAGUCCCCCUGGGUAACAAUGUUUUAAGAUCCUCAGCAUUGCUACGGUUGUCCUAAUGUGUUGUAUUUCAUUAGAAAAAACAA